AUGACUUCCAGUACAGCACAACUCUUUCCAGACGUAAAGGGCCAGAUGGAAAAAGAAUUCGCGGAAGUGGCAGAAAUGUGUAGACAACAAAUUGGCGAUUCAAAUGAAAUCAACCAAAGAAAUGAACAGCUCAAGGAACAAAUUCUUGAGCGGCUAAAGAAGCGUCAAUCUCUCAAAGACGACAUGAAAGACAUGCAGAAAUACGCUCAAGUCAAAGCAGAAAUGGCAAAAUGCACGGCCAAGCACGAUGAAAUGGUGCAGCGUUUUGCAGAGCAGGAAGCUAUGAAAGCAAGAAGACGAGAAGUCCUCGCCAAGAUCGAACUAAUGGCCGGACGCAGCCUCACGCUCAGCCACGAAUCAGCCGCUCCGACUAAGUGCUGA